AUGAGUUCAUGGAACAUGAGCGGAGAUUGCUGCUUAUGGGAUGGAGUCAUAUGCGAUGAGAUGACUGGCGAUGUCAUUGAGCUUGACCUCAGCUGCAGCAAACUUGUUGGGACCAUUGACUCCAAUAGCAGCCUUUUCCAACUCUCUCAUCUCCAAAGGCUCAACCUUUCUUCGAAUGACUUCUACGGUUCUCAUAUCUCCCCUGAAUUUGGCAGGUUCUCGAGCUUGACACAUCUUGAUCUUUUCAGCUCCAAUUUCUCAGGUCAAAUUCCUUCUGAAAUCUCCCAUCUUUCAAAGUUACACUCUCUUCGUCUCAAUGGAUUUGGUCGUCUAAGACUCAUAGCUCACGAUUUUAAAUUGCUUCUUCAAAACUUGACUCAAUUAAGAGAGCUUGAUCUUACUCUCGUAAACAUCUCUUCCACCAUUCCUUUGAAUUUUUCUUCUCAUUUAACAACUCUGAGUAUGGGAUCUACAACAUUGUAUGGGAUAAUACCUGAGAGUAUAUUUCACUUACCCAACCUGGAAACACUUGAUUUAAGUUACAGCUAUCCACUAAGUGGUUAUUUUCCAAAAAAAUGGAACAGUAGUGCAUCUCUCAUAGAGUUAGAUCUUAGUGGCGUGAAUUUUUCUGAUAAUUUGCCUGAGUCUCUUGGAUAUCUAACAUUGCUUGAGGAUCAUUUCAAGUCCAAUUCACUAGAAGAGAUUAAUUUAAGUGAUAAUCAGCUUCAAGGCAAUCUUCCCAACUCAAUUCAAAACCUUGUGAACCUAAAAAUCUUUUAUCUUUCCUUCAAUAAUUUUAAUGGCAAUGUGGAUAUUAGCUUAUUUUCAAACCUCAAACAACUUUUGGUUCUUAGUCUUUCAUAUAAUAAUAUAUCUGGAGAAAUUUCUUCAUCUAUUUGCAAUUUGACAUCAUUGGUAAUGCUAGAUUUGGCGAGAAACAAUUUGGGGGGAGGAAUUCCGCAAUGUUUGGGUAAUAUUAGUGGCCUCGAGGUUCUGGAUAUGAGUAACAACAAACUUUCUGGGACUCUUCCAACAAUUUUCAGCAAUGGAAGUUCACUGAGAAGCCUCGACUUGCAUGGCAAUAAACUAGAGGGGGAAAUUCCCCGAUCUUUGGCCAAUUGCAAAGAGUUGCAGGUUCUUGAUUUAGGAAAUAAUCAUCUCAUUGACACAUUCCCAAUGUGGUUGGGAACUCUUCCAAAGCUAAAAGUUUUAAAUUUGAGAUCAAAUACAUUGCAUGGGUCCAUUCAACCUCUAAGGAUUGAAACUAUUUUUCCAGAGCUUCGAAUCAUAGAUCUCUCUUACAAUGCCUUCUCGGGAAACUUACCUUCGAGUCUGUUUCAACAUCUGAAAUCUAUGAGGAAACCUGAUCCAUCAAUGGAAAGAGUAACAUCUCUGGAAGACACAUAUUAUGAAGAUUCUAUUACAGUUGCAACCAAGGGAUUUGAUCGUGAAAUUGUGAGAAUCUUGCAUUUGUACACCGUUAUCGAUUUUUCAAGUAAUAAAUUUGGAGGGCAAAUUCCAAGUAUCAUGGGGGAUCUCAUUGCAGUUCACAUUUUGAAUUUAUCACAUAAUGGAUUGCGAGGUCAUAUACCACCAUCAUUAGGAGAUUUAUCUUCAGUUGAAUCAUUGGACCUAUCAGGAAACCAUCUUUCGGGAGAGAUACCACAACAACUGGUUUCUCUUACGUCUCUUUCAUUCUUAAAUCUCUCCCACAAUCAUCUCCAAGGAUGCAUCCCUCAAGGACCUCAAUUUCACACUUUUGAGAACAAUUCAUAUGAAGGCAAUGAUGGUUUACGUGGAUUUCCUGUUUCAAAAAGUUGUGGUGAUACUCGGGUAUUAGAUACAAAUGAUACUGUAUCUGCACUAGACGAUGAAGAAAGCAAUUCUGAAUUUCUGAGUGAUUUUUGGAAAGCUGCUCUUAUGGGCUAUGGAAGUGGACUAUGUAUUGGAUUAUCCAUAAUAUAUUUCAUGAUUUCAACUGGAAACCCGAAAUGGCUUGCAAGAAUCAUUGUAGAGUUGGAGCACAAAAUAAUGAUGGGAAGGAGAAAGAAGCAUCGAAGGCAAAGGAGUUGCAGAAGAAGAAAUAAUCACUUGUAG